UCAAAAAAUAAAUAAACAUAUCUUCCUUUAAUUUCUUGUGCUUCAUAUUGUUCAACUCUCUUUGCACUACUAACACCUAGCUAUUUCGUUCAAUAAUGUCUACACCAGCAGAAUACUUCUGGUCUUUACCUCCAGUGAGCAAGACUUUUGGAGUGGCAUGUUUCAUGACAACUGCUGCAUAUUAUCUGAAUCUUUAUGAUGCAGAGAGCAUAGCACUAUUUUAUGGCUUAGUGUUUAAACGACUUCAAGUUUGGAGGCUUAUCACAAAUUUCUUCUUUCUUGGACCAUUUUCAUUUCCAUUUGCAGUUCGUCUUAUAAUGAUAGCAAAAUAUGGUGUUUCAUUGGAAAGAGGUCCAUUUGACAAGAGAACUGCAGAUUUUGUUUGGAUGUUGAUAUUUGGCGCACUCUCACUUUUGGUGAUGGCUGUUGUGCCAUAUUUAUGGUCUCCAUUCAUGGGAAUUUCUUUAGUUUUCAUGAUUGUCUAUGUUUGGAGCCGUGAAUUUCCAGAUGCAAGAAUCAACAUUUAUGGUUUGGUAUCAUUGAAGGGUUUUUACCUUCCAUGGGCUAUGUUAGGUCUUGAUUUGAUAUUUGGAAAUCCUUUAAAGCCAGACAUUCUAGGGAUGGUUGCAGGACACUUAUAUUACUUCUUAACAGUGCUUCAUCCUCUUGCUGGUGGAAAGUUCAAGUUCAAUACUCCUCUCUUGGUUCACAAAAUAGUGGCAUAUUGGGGAGAAGGUACCCAAAUAAAUGCUCCAGUGCAAUCUAAUCCAUCAGCUGGAAUUAUAUUCAAAGGAAGAAGCAACCGUCUUGGUGGAAAUCAAACAACAACAAGAAGCACUUCACAGGAAACAAGCGGCAUUAAUGCUUCUUCACCUCAGCAGCAAAAUCAGGGUGAUGGAAUUGCUUUUCGUGGAAGAAGUUACCGUUUAAAUAAAUGAAUAUAUGCUAAUAUGUCUUAUCGAUUGCAGUUUUAUUCCGUUUCAGACGGUUUAAAGCAGUUGAACUAUAACACGAAGGCCUCAUGAGUUAGAUGUCUGGUUUAGUUUUUAAAACAUUGUCUAUCGUUUUAUGUUAAUCAGUUAGUGUGCUACAUUAUGUUAAUCAUCGGAAUUAAAUAACAAAUGAUUUAGAGAAUCAUUUCAUCAAUAGAAGGUGAUGUUCUUAACAUUUCUUGGGACCAUGAAUUUAAUUUUCAAUGUACUUUAUCUCUUUUUCUCCAUUGGGAUUAACGUCUUAAGGAAUUGUAUCGGAUAAUUGAACAACAGCUAAACUUCUUUAAUUAUUGUGCA